AUGGCUGUCCAAGGGGAUGAGCAGUCCAUCCUUCGGGAUCCGGCUCUCUUUUACUGGAUUCUGUUCCCUAUCACUGUGGUUAUGAUUCUUACCGGAAUCUUACGCCACUAUGCAACUGUCCUGAUGCACACGCCCCCGAAGUCCCCCUCCACCCUUGCUGAGUCGCGCGAACGUCACGCCCUCCUCCGCGGUGUGAACCUCCGCAACCAUGCUUGCGCGGUCUUGGACCGUGAAGCGUUUGAGGCACGGAAGAACUACCUGGUCUCAGCCGCCGGCGAACCCGAUGACCGAUCCGCAGGAAUGGAGGCCAUGAUGGGCAUGCUGAAGGGAAACAUGAUGAUGAUGAUCCCGCAGACUUUGAUUAUGAGCUGGAUUAAUGCCUUCUUUUCGGGCUUCGUGAUCUUGAAAUUGCCAUUCCCUUUGACCAUUCGCUUCAAGUCCAUGCUGCAGUCUGGUGUCAUGACCCGGGACCUGAAUGUCCAAUGGGUGUCAAGUCUGUCAUGGUACUUCCUUAACCUCAUGGGCUUGCAAUCCGUGUUUGGCUUCAUUCUCGGCAGUGAUAAUUCUGCCAACCAGAUGGCUCAGCAGAUGGGCAUGGCCAACCCUGCCGCUAUGAUGAACCCCUUGCAGCCUGGUCAGGACCCCGACAAGCUGUUCUUGGCUGAAGCUGAGAACCUUGAGGUCAUGGAGCACUUCUCCAUUCUGAACGGAAUCGAGGAGCGAGUCCUGCAGAACUUCGCCACUGCUGUGAACUAA